GUGACUGCAUGCCAGGGCUGUAGUGUAAUCAGAGCUGGGAGUGCAGCACAGGGAAGGAGCCGGUGUUCGCCGCUGGCUGGGGAUGAACUUCCUCUCUGGAUCCCGGAACUCUGAUUCUAGAGUGUGGAAGAAACAACAACACAGAGCGCCAGCCGCCAGGAGCAUGCUUACUCAGAGCUAGACCGGGGCGAGCAGCCAUUCCUUGUGCUGGGCAUUUUGGCAUGUGAGGGUGGCAGUGCUCUGCAGGAUGUGGCUGAAGCCAGAGGAGGUGCUGCUGAAAAAUGCCCUGCGACUUUGGGUGACUCACAAGUCCAACCAAUACUUCAUCCUGCAGCGGCGCAGGGGACAUGGAGAUAGUACUGCCAGGUUCACUGGCCGCCUGGUGGGAGCACUGGAUGCUGUGUUGGAUUCCAAUGCACGUGUUGCCCCUUUUCGAAUACUACUGCAAGUCCCUGGAACACAAGUGUAUUCAGCCAUCGCUUGUGGUGAGUUAUUGCCCGAAUCAGACGUGUACUGGGCCAUAGCAAUUGGUGCCACUAUAGAUGAGAUCAACCAGCACUGGGAAUGGCUAGAACAAAACUUGCUCCACACUUUAUCAGUCUUCGACAAUAAGGAGGACAUUGCGAAUUUUGUCAAAGGAAAAGUAAAGGGUCUCAUUGCAGAGGAGACCACCAGCAAACUGGCUGAGCAGGAGGAUGAUCCAGAGAAGUUCCGUGAAGGGCUGGUCAGAUUUGAGAGCAGGUUCAACUUCCCAGAGGCUGAGAAACUAGUGACCUUUUAUUCCUGCUGCUGUUGGAAGGGACGAGUACCACGACAAGGCUGGCUCUACCUGAGCAUUAACCACAUGUGUUUUUACUCCUUCUUUCUGGGAAAGGAAUUAAAGCUUAUAAUCCCUUGGGUCGAUAUCCAGAAACUUGAAAGAACGUCCAAUGUCCUCAUGACUGAUAUAAUCAGAGUGACCACCUGUGGCAAGGAGCGGGAGUUCUCUAUGUUCCUUGAUAUCAGUGAGGUCUUCAGGGCAAUGGAGCAGCUUGCUGAUAUUACCAUACGAAGGCUUCUGGACAAUGAGCAUUUUGAACUUGACACAAAUCUACAGGAACCAACACAGAUCACAAAGAGGGAUCUGGAAUCCAGAGCACAGAAGGAGUUUUUUCGAGCACUGUUCAAAUUGCCAAGGAAAGAGAACCUGCAUGAGGUACUGGACUGCUCCCUGUGGACUCCAUUUAGUCGCUGUCAUACGGCUGGCAGGAUAUAUGCUUCUGACAGCUACCUGUGCUUUGCCAGCAAGGAGGAUGGGUUAUGUAAUGUUGUCAUUCCACUUAAAGAGGUGGUAAGCGUGGAGAAGAUGGAGGACACCAGCGUUCUUCCUAAUCCUAUAAUUAUCAGCAUACGGCAUCAGAUGGCUUUCCAGUUCAUUGAACUGAAAGACAGAGAUAGCUUGGUCAACAGCUUGCUACACAGGCUGGAACAAGUACAGACCAGCAACCUGUUAACCUGGCAAAAGGAAAUGUUCAGUGAAGAGCGUUUUGGUAAUAUGAAGAUAAUGGUUAAUCCAAAUGAAGAAGGAACUGGCAAGGAAGUUCUGUCAACAAAUGCAGAAGCGUUAAUGGCCACUUUCCAUCAUACAGGAACUGAGAGCCCUGAAACUGGGAUGUCAAGAGAGCAGAUAAAAGAGCGCUUGUGGAGUGACCAUUUUACAGAAUAUGGGAGAACUGUUUGCAUGUUUCGCACUGAAAAAAUCCGAAAACUUGUUGCAAUGGGAAUCCCUGAAUCUCUGCGUGGUGAACUGUGGCUUAUAUUUUCAGAUGCCGUGACCGACCUCUCUAUGCACCCAGGUUACUACACAAAGCUUUUGGAAGAGUCCAUGGGCAAGUGCUGCAUGGCAACAGAAGAGAUUGAACGCGAUCUUCAUCGCUCUCUCCCUGAGCAUCCCGCCUUUCAAAAUGAGACUGGCAUCGCAGCUCUAAGAAGAGUUCUCACUGCUUAUGCUUACAGAAACCCCAAAAUAGGAUACUGCCAGUCCAUGAACAUUCUGACUUCCGUCCUCCUCCUGUAUGCCAAAGAAGAGGAAGCAUUUUGGCUGUUAGUGGCUGUCUGUGAGAGGAUGCUGCCAGAUUAUUUCAAUCACCGGGUUCUUGGAGCUCAGGUUGACCAAUCCGUCUUUGAAGAACUUAUACAAGAGCGUAUCCCUGAGCUGGCUGAACACAUCACUGAUUUAUGCACACUGGCUUCCAUUUCCCUGUCGUGGUUCCUCACACUGUUUAUCAGUAUCAUGCCCCUUCAAAGUGCUGUUAAUGUGGUGGACUGUUUCUUCUAUGAUGGCAUCAAGGCAAUUUUCCAGAUUGGGCUGGCAGUACUUGAUGCCACAGCGGUGGAGCUAUGUAACAGCAAAGAUGAUGGGCAGGCACUUAUGAUACUAAGCAGGUUCUUAGAACAUGUUAAAAAUGAAGACAGUCCUCUUCCGCCCAUUGGAAACGUGCCCAGCCUACUCACCAAUGACCAGGAAGUCUAUCCAUUCACAGAUAUCUCAGACCUAAUUCGCGACUCAUAUGAGAAAUUUGGCAAUAAUAAUUCUGUAGAACAGAUUGAGCACUUACGAUGUAAGCACAGGAUGCGUGUUCUCCAAAACCACGAAGAAACUACAAAGCAAAAUGUUCUUAGAGUUGUUGCACCUGAUGUCUCAUUCCCCCAUGAAGAUUUAGACGAGCUGUUUGACUUAUUCAAGAGAGAGUAUCUAAUCAGCUGUUAUUGGGAAAGGACAUCUCCAUCCAUUGAACGCCAUGACCCAAGCAGACCCUACGCUGAACAGUACAAGAUUGACAACCAGCAGUUCAUGAACCUGUUCCGACUGAUGUCUCCCUGGACAUGCAGUGCACAUACAGAGGUUCUUACAGGAAGGAUGUUCCGUCUGUUGGAUGAAAAUUUGGACAAUCUUAUUGAGUUCAGAUCAUUUGCUUGGUGUUUAGAUGUAAUGUACUAUGGGGAGAUGAAUGAAAAAAUCAAAUUGUUGUAUAGACUGCAUAUACCCCCUGCUCUCACAGAGAAUGACCAGGACUGCCAGUCACCCCUAAAGGGUCCCCUUCUGUCAACAACCAGACCGUUGACUAUCACAAAAGCAAAUGGAGGAGAGAAAGAUUAUCAAAAGCAACUAAAACAGAUGCUGAAAGACUUGGCCAAAGAAAAAGAUAAAAACACAGAAAUAGAAUUGCCCAAAAUGACUCAGAGAGAAUUCAUACAGUUCUGCAAAACACUGUACAGCUUGUUCCUCACUGACCCUGAAGAAAAUAAUUUGUAUCAAGCGAUUGCCACUGUGACUACUCUGCUUCUACAAAUUGGGGAGGUUGGACAACGCAGCAGUAGCUCUGGGAGUAACUCAGACGAAUUCUCCAAUGUCGACUCUGAGAAUGGCGCUUCCACCUCUGACCAGGAUUGCGUGUUCUCUGAUACAGUGAAAGCACCCUCGCAUUCCUCCCAAUCUUCGCUAAGCGAGGCAGUCUGGGCGGUGUCCUUCGAGCACAUUCUGGCCUCUCUUUUGACUGAGCAGUGUUUGGUGAAUUUCUUUGAGAAGCCCUGGGAAAUUAAACCAAAACUCGAAUGUGCAAAAAACAACCCUUACAGCCUCAAAACCAGUGCGAUGAGCCAGCAAUCAUGAAGCGCAAUACCCAAAGCUAUCUUUCAUAAAUUUAUCAUUUCUUUCAUAAUUUCAUUUUCUGUGACAGCCUAUGUAAAGGAAAGACAAAUGACUUGCACCACAUUAACAUCUGUAUAAAAAUAACAGUUUUGCAGCAGCUGUGUUAAUGCUAUGUUUCUCAGUGAACCUUCUGUAAAGGUAUUGUGAUAAGUAUUUUACUGAGCUCUUCAGCCAUUUAAUCCAAAUUUUACAGGCUCAGGGAUGAGUAACUUACCUCUGGCACCCAAGCUGUCAUGGCCUACAAAUAACCAUUCUACUUUACGAGCCAGGACGCGGGGUCCAAAGCAGCAAGAAUGCCAGACAUUGCCUAUCUAUAUAUGUACUUGUUUUCCUACUGUUCCUUCAUGGACGUUAAACUAAAGCAGUUAUCUUAAUAGGAAUGGGACAUGUCACUUACCUAUAUCUGUGCUGCUAAUUGUCAUUGUUCUGUGACACCUGUAAUUGUUGGGAAUAUGUCUUAAGUAUGACAAUGAUAGACGUUAGUUAUGUUUUCUAUGUAAAGACUUGUGCAUGAAAAUGCUAGGGAAUAAGUGUGGUUUCUGAUAAACGAUUUCAAGAGAAGAUUGGUGGCACUUGAACAGGGUCAAUAGCUUAAAGCAGCAGGAAACGCUAAAGGAAGUAUUCUAGAACAAUAGCUCAUAUGCAGUUCACUGGUGGGACUGGGGAAGUUCCAGAACCAUUCUUUACUCUGGAACACAAGUCACCAAAGCACAAUAGACGUUUUGUCAAUCUUAGUUUCUUUCACGUUUUGUUUUUCCAUUUCUUAUUUUAUUCAUUUUCUAUUUUGUUUUAUAAGCAGUUCUGCAACUUUGAGAUAAAGCUGUGUCUAAUCUGUGAUUAAAUGUCCAGUACUGGCAUGCCAAACAUUUCUUGUAGUAGGAAUUUUUUUCCUGAGUCUUGUUGUUAAAUGUUCAUUGUUUUGUCUAUGUAAGUUUAAGUUCCUUUUGCGUUUGUUUGCACUAAUAAUGAAAACGUUUCAAUGCUGGAAAUUGGAACUUUUAUUAUAUAUGAUUUGCAUUGGAUUUUUUAUGUCGUUAAAAAAAAAUAAUCACUUAACCUCGUGCUUUACAUCUUGUUCUGUGAGAAUGUGCACUUUUCAAUAAACAUGUUUUUUAUUGUA